UUGGAAUUUUGUGGUCAUUCGUCGUCCGGUAGAGUCGCAGACGUGCAGCAUUCAUUCGCACUUAUAUUGCCAAACUCAAAACUUUGUGAGGCUAACGAUAGUUGAAAACACAGAACUUGGUCACAGUAGCAGCCACAGCAUCACCGUAUCAGCAUAUUAAGCUUGGGGGUGGUGAAUCAUAUCUUUCGAUGGGCCUGGCCUCGCCGUUCGUCGGUCGCGGGUAAAUCCACUAGGAGCAACAACAUCAGCAGCAGCACCAGUGCAGCAGCGAGUGGCGGCAGGGUUUGUUUGGAAUUAAAAAUUACGCAAAGCUAUAAUCUUAUAUAUGUGAAUUGGCUGCCACGGUUCGUCAUCACUAGUCAAUCGGGGCUCCGUCAGGUCGGUUGUGUUUACCUUAAACGGGAGAAAUACGCGCGCGUGCCAGCACAAAACAGGUGCUGUUCCUGCCAAAAAAAAAAAUGUUCAAAGGAAUCAUCAAGUUCAACGGGUACGCGAUGGCCACCAGUUGCAUCAACUAUGCCGUCACGCGGAUACUGGAGACGAACGUCGAGGGAAACAUUAUACAAAAUAUACCUUGGAUAACCAAUAUGCUGGCAACCAAAACUCGACCAGAUUCGGUGAUUUAUAUUGGAUUUCUAGUCGCGUGCGUAAUUUUACUCAUGGGAAUAUUUUGGGAAUGCAAAGUCCUCAUGAUACCUUUUGUACCCGCCUACGUCGUGGUGGUGCACGCGGAAACGAACGGGACCUUCCAGAUGAAUCACCUGUGGCAGGUGGCGUUCACCUUCUAUGCGGCGAUCAGUCUACUGUUGCUGCUUAUGCUAGGGAUCUGCGCGUGCUGCCGAACGGAUGAUGAGAGCGACCGAAGAAAAGACAACCCCAAACGGGGGUGGCUAACGCGUUGGCUCUGCUGCUGUUGCUGCUUCCGGCGGGCUCCGAUGAAGAAAAACAAGCUCGACAUCGAACGGCAGUGCUCCUGUGAAACGCUCAACAUUAGGGUGGCCGAACCGCACGAAAAGCACUAUCAUCGAGUGAUAUUUGUGUAGUUUUAGUGCCGGCCGUUCGGUGACGAAGCUGACGACCAAAGAUCGAAUACGAAUGGAAGUCCCGUGGUUUGACUUCUCGAAUCGAGAAGCAAAGACGGGUAACUGUGACGCCGCGAGUGCACUUGUGAUUUCGAACGAUAACGAAUCCCAUCUUAACAACGAAAGCUAAGAUUUCAUAGCGUAUAACUAGUAUACUCAAUUAUUUUUUAUGUGAUAAGUGAUUAGUGCUGUACACCAAUGACUGAUAGACAAAGAAACUAGAUUUAAGGUAUUCGGAUUUCACGCGCGUCGAUGAAUCAUUCCACCGCAGUUAAUUACUUGUCCCGUUGACAAUUGCGCGAUAAUUUACGAUAUAGUUACUUUCCAAGCUCAAAACUUUUUACGGAACUGUACGUAUCGAAGUGACUCAUGCUUUUGGGGAUCACAGUUACCAUGUAUUCAUAGGUAAUUUAUUUUUAUUUUCAGUGUAGAACAAUUUAUUAGUAGAAGAACUGUGUAAAAUGAAGUAUUUUAUCCGUGAUAUGGUUAAUAAAAAUUGAAAUAGAAUCAAA